AUGGGGACUCUUCCACAGUCACAAGUUGGGGCGCCGCCGGUGGUAGUGGUGGACUCAAAGACUAGUUCACGGUACACGCAUCGAUCCAUUGAGACACUGGUGGUGGUUUUGGCAGUGAUCACACUAGUAGGUGUCAUUGCAGGGAUUGUAGCUCGGCUAUGUGGUGGAAGGCAUCUUGGUGGCAGUGGUGAGCAUGACAUAGAAGGAUGGGUUGAGAGCAAGUGUAGGAGUUGCAUUGAUGGUGGAGUUCCACCAGAACCCUCCCCUCCACAACAAGCCAAGCCUGCAGCAACAGAAGAAGCAAAGAAGUGA